CCCCACUUUAAACGCCCACAUUAUGUUUCUGCCAUCUUCUAUACAUAUCACGUUUCAUUUCUUUGGACCAAACUCAAGUGUUACUUUCUACAGCUACUCUUAUCUUUUUCCAUUUUUCUCAAAAUGCUGUAAACUUUGGGCAGCAUUUUCGAUUCUCUGGUCAAUAAGGAAUCUUUUCAUUUUGAGUAUCUGGUCAAUUCAAGAAUCUUUCUCGCUUACCUUGUAUUUCUUCUUCCUUUUUAAAUUCUUGGUUCUUGAUGAGAAUAAUCUCUUUCAACUUUCAAGCUCUGAAUUUGUGGGUUUGUGAAAUGUAACCCGUUCUUUGUUCUUUCAUGUGAUUUUGUUUGCCAUUAAUGUGAAAAGAAGUGUCUUUUUGACAAAUUUCUCUGGUGGGAGGUGUUAGAUUUGCUUUUUGCAGCUAAUUUUGAAGUUAUAUGGAAUCGAAUGCCAUGCCUGGUGGAAGGUAUUCAAAUGUUCAGCCUGGUAUGCUAGGCCUAGAAAUGUCACUCAACCAUCACAUACCUCCACAACAAAACCCUCACCAAAUGCCACAACAGCAGCCACACCCAAACCAGCCGAUGGUGCCUUCCUAUGGCCAUCAUGAGGCUGAUUACCACUCACAAGCUCAGCAAUCUGCCAAACAAGGCUACCCAUUUUCAGCGAAGUCCAAGAACCAAACUUUGACCUUAAGUGAUGAUGAUGAGCCUGGAUUCUUGGCUGAAAACAGCACUGAUGAUGGAAAAAGGAAAAUGCCCUCCUGGCAAAGAAUGAAAUGGACUGACAAUAUGGUGAGGUUGCUGAUUAUGGUGGUAUACUAUAUUGGUGAUGAAGUUGGUUCUGAUCAGGGGAAUGAUCCGGCUGCUAAGAAGAAGGGUGGUGGUGUUUUACAAAAGAAGGGGAAAUGGAAGUCGGUCUCGCGGGCUAUGAUGGAGAGGGGGUUUUAUGUGUCUCCGCAGCAGUGUGAAGACAAAUUCAAUGAUUUAAACAAGAGAUACAAGAGGGUUAAUGAUAUUCUUGGUAAGGGAAUCUCAUGCCGAGUGGUUGAGAAUCAGCGUUUGCUUGAUACGAUGGAUCACUUAACACCCAAGAUGAAGGAAGAAGUGAAGAAAUUGCUCAAUUCUAAGCACUUGUUUUUCAGGGAGAUGUGUGCUUAUCACAAUAGUUGUGGUCAUGGUAGUGGUGCUAGUGGGAGUGGAGCUGCCGGUUUUCCAGGAGCUGCAGCGGAGGCUGUGUCUCAAACUCAGCUGCAUUUACAGCAACAGAGGUGUUUGCAUUCAUCCGAAAAUGCCCCUGUGGUGGCCAACUUGAAUAGAGGGGAGAAUGAGGGGUCUAAAUUGGUAAAAGGGGUGAGCGGAGAAAAUGAUGAUGAUCAAGAUGACGAUGAUGAUCAAGAUGAUCAAGACAACGAUGAUCAGGAUGAGGAUGGGGACGAUGAAGUGAUUGGGGCAGGAUCAAGAAUUCAUGACCACGGACACGAGGAUGAGAGUAACGACACGAAUGAUAGAUCCUCGACAAAGAGGCUGAGAAGGGGAACAUUUCAUUCCCCUCUGAUUCAACAACUGGAUGCCGAGAUAAUGACAGUUGUGCAAGAUGGAGCAAAGAGUCCCUUUGAGAAGAGGCUUUGGAUGAAAAAGAAAUUGAUGGGGCUGGAAGAGCAGCGUGUUGGGAUCCAGUGCCAAUCAUUUGAACUCGAAAAGCAGCGAUUGAAAUGGUUAAAGUUCAGGACCAAGAAAGAAAGGGAAAUAGAGAGGGAAAAGCUGAGGAACGAACGACUGCAGUUGGAGAACGAGAGAAUGAUGCUCCUCAUACGCCAAAAGGAGCUCGAAUUGCUGGAUCAUCAUUCCCCAAACAAGAAGAGCGACCCGUCGUCCAUCACUGGAUGAAUCAAUCAAUUGUACAGUAGGUUACUAGAUGCUAGACAGAAACAGGUCCUUCUCAAAGGCUUUGCAACCAAGUUACUUUUGUAGAAGUGAAUCUAGAAAGGAAGAAAGUAUUUGUCAAAGUGUUUUCUUU